AAAUUAUAAUGGCAACUGUCAUUACAGGUUCAACAUCCACUUUUCGAAAAGAAAAAUCCUCUUCGUGACUAGGCGCAGAACAUGUAAAUAGAGAAGCGAAUUCGAUAUGUGUUCUCAAAUAUCCAGUACUAAAUAACACAGUAAAAGUAAAUAAAAAAGAAAAUUGCAACUGUUUUAAAGACCGUAUCUUGUUGUCGUUCUUGAUUUAAUAUGAUUUUCUAUUUUAUUUCACGGUUUGUUUACCUUUUAGCGCAUCUGCAUCACAAGUACGGUUUGUCUCGCAAAUUUCCUUAACAUAUUCAAGUGAAAGAAAAGGCAAAAGAAAUUGUCAAAUACUAAAAACAAAGUAAUCCAACAACAAUCCAUUGAGUUUUGCUUUAAUUCAUUCACAAUGCCUUACAGAAACGACAGAAAGAAGUCUGCAAAAAGAAAUCCUGAAGCCAUUAUCCAUGGCCGUGUUCCUAGCAAAAAAACGAUAAAAAAGCAUUUGAGAAAUGGAAAAUAUUCUAUAAAGCGUCUCGCUGAACAAGGAAUUCAUUUGGACGAUGCGAUGAUGGAAAUUGAAGCCGUGAGCGACAAGAAAGAAAAGAAAAACAAAAACAAGCUCUUUGGUGAUUCUGAAGAACAGCAACAGGAUAACUUUAUGAGCGUUGAUCAACCGGCUGGCAAAGGCACAAUUCUCGGCGCUCCUCCAUCUUUCUAAAUAUCUCUAUUCAUACAUAUUGCAACUAGUUUUUGGGUUUAAAUUAUAUUGAGUGGGUUUGGAUUUCUUAAAAAGUCUUGUGUAGUAAAAAAUAAACACAUAGAAUAAUAUUAAGACUAGAUCUAUCAUCUACAUCAGCUUUCUUCUAGCAAAAUUCAUGAAUGUUUUAGAAAAUCAUUCGCUUUUUUAGAACUGUUUUGCUUUAGUUAUUAUAAGGACUCAAAAUUUCUUGAAAUAUUUGCUUGCACCGUAUUUUUGCACCCAGCUUGGAACACAACAAAAAGUGUCCACUCAGUCUUCGAUGAAGAGAGUACGUCUCCUCAGGAGGUGGACGAAGUCGCAAUUGCAGCAUUAGCGGUAUUUGUUUCUUUACCCGUUCUGUAAUCGUUUGGUGUCCAAAGUCAUAUACAUCAGGGGCAUCGAAAGCAAACGGCUCAGCAAGAGUAAAUAUGGAUUCCACAUGAGCAUUUAUCAUUGCUCUGGAUUCAUGUUUACUCAAAUACCCUAGCUCCUCAGACAGGCGUUGACAAGCCUCCUUAUCCCGUUUGGCACCAGCAAGCAAAAGUCGACAAUAUUUCGAAACAAAAUCUUGACUAUAUUCAAUAGAGGCUCCGAAAUCUAAAAGCUCCAACCGGUCCGUAUUCGUAUUAUACAUAAAGUUCGACCAGUUAGGGUCAGUCUGCAUGCAAUGAAACUCAGCGAUCUCUUUAAAGCACAGCUCUGUCAAGAUCGUUCCAAUUUUGUUUCGAAGCUCUUGCGUAUAUAAGAUUUUUCCCAAUGCAGUACCGUGUAGAUACUCCAGUGUUAGUACUGUUGGACCAGAUACUUCUCUAAACACCUUGGGAAUUUUCAAGCGCUGAUCGUGAUUCAGAAGUGUUCCAAACCUUUCUACGAAAUCUGCCUCGCGUAUGUAAUCACACUCCAACGCCAGUUCUUUUCUGGCAGCCGCAAUGCUAUUCUCUAGAAACAGGCCUUUAGGUAAAAGUCGAGAAGCUCUUAAUAAUAUAGACAAGUUAUUCAGAUCGGAAUCAAUUGAGUUUUUGACACCGGGGUAUUGUACUUUAAUUGCAACUAAAGUACCGUUGGAUGCCAAUUUCCCUCGGUGAACUUGUCCUAUGGAUGCAGCCGCCAUGGGACUUUUGUCAAACUCGGAAAAGAGACUUUUCCAAUCCUUGCCAAGGUUUUGCACCAUCACCCUCUCAAGUUGUUUGUCAGGCAUAGCAUGGGCACUAUCACGCACACGUUCUAAGAUAUGUGAAAUAUGCCCUGGAAAUAUUCUACUGUCUUGAAAUGACAACAUUUGUCCGAGCUUUAAUGCUGCACCUCUCAUUUGACUCAACUUGUUUACCAAUACUUCAAUGUUCCUUUCAUUAAGUAAGACACCGCCCUCUUCUUUACUAGAUCCCCACAAACGUUUAAACUUUUCUCCUACGGCACCGACGGAAAGUGAAGUCGCAAGGCCUCCAUAAUGCCAGAGUCUGCUCCAUUGCGAAGAAGGAACUUUUGAAGCCUUCAGAGGAAUGUUAGGGAGCUUUUGAAAUGUUUCCAUUUCUAGUGGUUUCAUUUCAUCUGCCUUUUCUUCCGUUAUUUCCUCAUCUUGUUUUCGGUCUUGAAACGUAUUUGGCUCAUUUACUUGAAUUGUAGGAUUUACUUCAGAGCUAACGGAAUCAUUAAAUUUCGUCUGAGGUUUUUUUUCGCUAAGCCUAUCUGUAAGAUUAGAGCCCUUCUUCAAUUCCUUCCUUUCAUCCUGAAUCGGAAUAUGUUUUCCUUUCAGAACUUCACCAGGAGGAAAUACUUCAAACUUCUUCGCCGAAGACUGUAAACUUUCUGUAGAUUUCUUAAUUUCUAUCUCAUGGAAAGUAGGGUUUUCUUUGAUAUCAUCUACAGUUCUAACAGAUGUUUUCGGAUGUAUUGGUCCUUUCUUCAACGUUGCAACAUUAUUAAACGGUUUUUGGAGGUAAACCGACCUUCCGCUUUUCCAGUAUGUACUCGCAACAUUCUUAAUUGCUGAACUUAGGGUAAUAAAUUCCCACAAGCCCGAAUUACCCAUGUUCUGACUAUAAUAGUUUCUUAAUAAUCAUACAGUAAGUUAAGAAUUGGGUUCCGUUUCGUUUAAUUUUGUGGAAGUUGCUUUCAAUGUACUUCGCUUGUUUAAAAAAUUAAUCGGUGUUGCUCUAAUUUAGUCAAUAAAUAUUACCUUUGAUGGGGAAUAUAUGGUGGAGCGAGCAUGAAACUCAACCACUCCUACAUGUGGACUAUAGUUGAUUUGAUAAUAAUUGGAUCAAUAUACAUCUAA